UAUAAUUAAAAUACUAAUCUGCAUGGCGCAACACUAGUGGCGGCUGGCGGCUCAUUUCAAUUAAUUAUUCUACCUGUAGUUGCGAAUUUAAUUUUGCCGAUGCAAGUUUAGACUGACGAAUCUGUUAUUUUAUUGUGUGUUGUAAGCAAUAUCUAUCGUAUACACGAUGUCGUAUCCGGCGUUGAGACAACCAAAAAACUUAAAAAUCAACGAGAAGUCUAAGACAGCGGUUUUUAAUGAACCACAGAAUUUUUUGAUAGUGACUUUGAAAGAUGGGAAGAAGCUCGUCGUGUCUUCUGAUACUUACCACGGAAUUCUAACGGCAGGGGAGCUGUAUAGAUGUGUGUUUUGUGAAACAGAAAUGGCAAGAGACUUGAUUUGUAAAGAAAGACACAAAGCGUCUGAAAAUCAUCGAAAGAUUCUCGAAGGCUACCCGCACGUUGACGAAUUCAAAGAGAAUCUACUUAGAAAGCUCAGCACAUCAGGCCAUUACUGUACAGUCUGCAAUGUGGUUGUGAUGACGAACUAUGCGUACAGACAUAUAGAAGGACACAGCCAUCGGCUAGAAUUAGACAAGGCUCAAAGCAGAGCGCUCUCGUACAAACCGUCUUAUUAAAGAAGAAAUUCCAAGUAUGAAGCAAGGAGGGUAGUACAUGGCACUCUAUAGUUUCUGUUUCCAUCAUAGAAUAAAAUAGUGUAUUAUCUGUUCAAUUUAUUCAUUUGGAUUAACAACUUUAUGUCAAUAUAAUAAAGUUCAAGGUGUAAUAGAUAAAGAUGAAGGAUCACAAUCCAUACCAUAUUACCCGGGUUAUUCUACAAAAAAAAAAAAAA